UACGAAAAUAAAGUUGGCCAAAAUUUUGAGACGCAAACCCGCAGAAAAUAGCAAAACCCCGGUUUGGGUUUUUGGUUGAAACUCUCUCCGAUUUUGCCUCCUCAGCGCCACCGUGCCGCCUUCUCGAAGAGGAAGUAGACUGUUUCACCAAGCCUCCAAGUGGGAAUAAUCCGAAAUUGUUAGUAAAAAUUGCGGGGCUAAUUAAUAGUAUUAAUAAUAACAGUAAUAAUGGGGUGUCGGCAACGGGAUUUCAUGUUCUGUGAAAUGUGUGGAACGAUGCUGCGUUUUAAUUCUCCAAAGUACGCUCACUGCCCCGUCUGCAAAUUCAAGAAACGUGUCAAAGAUAUCGCUAAAAGGGAGAUUCGCUAUACUCUUACUGCUGAGGAUAUUAGAAGGGAGUUGGGCGUAUCCUCGUUGGAUGAAGUUGAAGAAGAAAAAGAACUAAAGCAAAUGGAUUACAACGCAAAAUGUAAAGCCUGUCAACACUUGGGCAUGUCUUACGUUGCUCGACAGAUCAGAUCUGCUGAUGAAGGGCAGACUAUAUUUUAUACAUGCCCUGUUUGUGCAAGCAGACAGACAGAGAAUUCAUGACAUGACGAUGACUUCAACAUGUUGGAACUGAGAUUGGUCAGGAACUCUAGAACUGCAUGUCCUUCAAGCUGGUGGCGCCUUAUUGUUUCCUUAAGGCUGCACCGAUCCUGGGUGUUAUUUGUUGUUGUAAUGGUGAUAUUCUAGCUUUUUCUUUUGGAGGAAGGUGAGUUGAAGAAGUUGUUAGAUAGGGAUAUGAGAGUUGAGAUGGAUUCGAGCUAAUCUAGGGCUUCCUCUGCCCAAUUAGGAUAGCGGAAGUGCCUGCCGUUGUUGAUCAGGAGAAAAAUGGAUUUAGGGCGUGGAACAAAGGGUUUGAAUUUGAGUUUGUUUUGUGCAUCUCAAGUUGAAUGGUCUCGGCGUUAUCUUUCCACCUUUGUGAUUCUUUACAGGCUUAAUUCUUUUUGACAUGCCAAUGACACUUUUUUAAGUAUGAUUCACACCAAGUGGAGUUUCUAAUGUAUCAAUUUACAAUA